UCUAGCUCGCCCCCUCUAUUAAACAUGGAGCUAUCUGCAGGAGUAUGGUGCUUCGUCCUCUCACUACUGGCCCUCAAUGCUCUUCUCUGCACCUUCUCUCCAUGGAGACACACCACCAUGCCAGUCCUGCACACUGACAACCACACCUGCUGCAGUUGCAACACUAAAACUAGUAAAAUCUCAACAAAAUUGUGGAACAGAGAAGUGAACUACACUAGUAUUGCAAGUGCACAGCCAUCACUAGAUCCUCAAUACAGAACAACCACAUUGACUAGACUCGGAUCAGAUCUAAAAUUCGAUGUCUCCAGCUGCCCAGCAGAUUCAGUGAUGCGUUCAGUCUCCCCCACGUUUGCUCCCCUUCACCUCGACUGUCCAACACUGUUCAUAGUCGGGGCUCGCAAGGCUGGCACCUCAUCACUCUAUCACUACGUAUCAAAGCAUCCAGACUUUGAGGGUACAAGACUAGACAGAGGACCUAAAGUUGGAGAAACCUUCUACUUCUCAUCGCAAUACGACAAGCCAUGGGAGGAGUUCCGCAGAAGCUUCCCCUCUGAUGGUGUCAUGACUGGAGAAUCAAGUGUCGGCAAUUUAGUGUCUUGUGAAGCUCCUCAGAGGAUAUUCAACUCUUGUGGAAAGCAAGCAAAAAUUGUGAUGCUUUUCCGAAACCCAGUGGACAGAUUUGUAUCAAACUUUCUGAUGCGAGUACAGCUGGGCUCAGCUCGCAUGUCCAAUACCACCGCUAUAGCAACAGUACUAAAACUGCAUCUAGAUCAAUUCUUUGACAAUAUUUUGAAGAAUCAAGUAGACAUAACGAAUCUACCCAACCAGUGGCCGUUACUGAGGUGCCGUUUUGAACCGGCAAACAACCUCCUCUACGAGGGACUCUAUUACGCUCAUCUAAUGAACUGGCUGUGCAACUUCCCAUCAGAGAACAUUCUAAUAAUCAAUAGUGAGGAGUUCUAUAGCAAGCCGAGUGUGAUUCUAGACCAAGUGUUCCAGUUCCUGGGUUUGAAGCGGCUGGAAGAGGAGACCUAUCACUGGAUCACCUCCAGUGUGUACAACAGGGGGAGGAACAAUACAUCCGAAUUCCAGACACUCUCUUAUCUCGAUCGGAAGAAAUUAGUCGGUGUUUAUAGGGCAAUGAAUGAAGAACUGUUUUCUAUACUUGAUUGGAAUAAUGUAGAUUGGCAAUGACACAUUGUGUACCCUAUGCAUGUGGUCAUAUUAUUAUUGUUUGCUCAAGG